CGUAGCCAGCCGCGGUGCAUCACGGGAUACAACAUGGCUCCUGAGAGAGCAAGCUAAUGCUAACAUAUAAGAGAUAGCUGUGAGUAAAUACAUAUGGUAGGCCCCUUUUCGGCGCAUGUUGGGGUCAGUGUAUUCAUGUGAUAGAUAAAUUGCCCUCUGCUGUCACCAUGUCAUCGAGAGCGGAGUCCAGAGUGUCCAGCUCCAGCUCCAGAACAGAUGAAACAAGACGAUCAAGAAGCAGAGGCAGAGAAAAAAGGAAGCAGAAACGCAGCCGUAGCAGAUCUUCUUCAUCGUCCUCUUCCAGUUCUUCGUCUUCAUCUUCUUUGUCAUCAUCGUCAUCCUCAUCGUCCUCUUCUUCAGGUUCAUCGCAUUCAUCCAGCUGCAGUCGGAGUAGCUCCAGCAGUAGUGGCUCCCGCAGUAAAGUCAGAAAGCAGUCUAAGAAAAGGAAAAAGGAGAAACAUCAGAAAAAGAAAGGAAAGAAAGAGAAGCGACAUAAACGUAAGAAAGACAAAAAAGCGAAAGGAGAGGAUAAUGCAGGACCUGUUCAAAUCUCCAAGUACCUGAAGGAAAGAAAAAAAGGCAAGUACAGCAUGAUAUCAGGGAAGAAAAUUAAGAUGAAAGUGAAGAAGUCCAAGAAAGACAAACAGCGGGAUAAAAAUCGUGCAGAACUCCUUGAUUUCUUGAACUCUACCCUGUGAUGCCACUGUGUUGUGGUGCUCGGGCUCGAACACGUCAGCAGAACUCAGGAAACAACAACUCAGACAUCCGUGAGAAACAAAACUGAAGGGUUCUCCGAGCAAGAGAUGAGGGAUACGACUUGCAUCGAGACACCAGGGCAGCACGGAGCUGGAUGGAGCGAUUGAGCUGUGAAUCUUGCUCCGAUGUGAGAUGCAUUCAUGAUUUUUCAUCUGCUCAGGUGGCCAAAUCUUCAGCCUGCUCGUGUCAUCCAAACAUUUAUUUGUGCUGGACUAAAUCAGUUCAUGGUGAAAACUGUAAUGUGGCAGCAUCAGUCAAAUUACUCGACAUUUGUCAAUUGUAAACCAACUGUGAUCUGCUUUGAAUGCAAACAGCUGUCUUUAACAAACUUCACCAGGUCUUUAAAUGGGAUCUGUACUUCGACAUAUUUACCAGAUUUAAAAAAAAAACAAAAAAACUAUCCAGUCCUGCCUUUGAGUUUACACCUUUAAAUUUAAAGAAUUCUUGAUAUCUCAUUGGAUUGUGUCGCCCGGAGGACUAACAGUGGUCAGAGCAGAAUGGUGAUCUCGCCCCUAGGAUCCCAGGAUGUUUUAGGGUAUUGCAUACACCACACGACACAGCUAGUCUACCUCCAGAUGUGGUUAUGCAGAACUGAUCCAAACUUUAAGCGUUCACACCCUGCAUUAACAUGCAUUUUCCUUAUCUUAUUAAUAUGUGCCGAUACGGAUCACAUUUAAUACCAGGUGUAAAUGGGCUCUAAGACUCCAGUGGGUUAUGAACCCAAAAAAAAAACACCUGAGCCUCAAGCAAAGAGAAGAAACGAUAAGCAGAAAUCUGGUGAGCUCACUUCUUUUUAACUCUACACCCCCUUAAUUUUCAAAAUUUGUAGACUUCAAUUCCUACUUACAUUAAAGUAGAAGCCUUUCAGACAACUGAAUAGAUUGUGUGAAGGCUUUAUUCAACUUUUCCUCCACAUUAGCAGUCCUCUCAAAAACCUCUGGCCUUUUUUUUCUCUCUCCUGCUUCCUCAAUAAUUCUCAUCAACUUCGCUUUAUUUAGCACGGCUUGUACAUUUAUUUUUGUAGAUACUAGAACGUCGUGUUUCCACUGUACUCGAUUGCUAUGGGAACCACAGGGUUUUCAGUGAGUACUGAUAUGAUUUUUUAUUUGAACCUUUUGUUAGUAAUAAGAAUAGUCUCAUAUUGGAACAAUAAAGGAAGGUGCUGUUCAAAACAUUUAUUCCCCUUAAAUUCAGUCAGGACGUUUUUUUUUCAGUCUGAAAAUAUAAAAUACAAUCAAUGUUAGUACCCAUGUAUAUAUCCAGUUGAAAGUUGUUGUUUUUUUUGUAUGGAUGGUGGAGUAAACCUGUUGUGUGCUGUUGAACUUUUUCUUUGUGACAGACAGAAAAUAGGCAGCAAUAAACUGCUGGAAAGAUUUGA